UCUGGCCUAGUUGGCUUGGGCGCGCGCAGCCAUCCCGGGCCUCGCCGGGGACCGCAGGAGGCAGGGAGCGCCUGCGCCCGCUCACCAUGGUCGAGGGACGCGUCUCCAAGUUCCUGCAGAAACUCGGCUUCUCGGGUGGGGGCCGCCAGUACCAGGCGCUGGAAAAGGACGAGGAAGAAGCCUUGAUUGAUGAACAGAGUGAGCUGAAAGCUAUCGAGAAAGAGAAGAAGGUGACAGCCCUGCCCCCCAAGGAAGCCUGCAAAUGCCAGAAAGAGGAUUUGGCCAAAGCGUUUUGUGUGGACUUAAACACUGGGCUGUCGGAGUUCUCGGUGACGCAGCGCCGGCUGGCCCAUGGCUGGAAUGAGUUUGUUGCUGACAACAGUGAACCUGUGUGGAAGAAAUACCUGGAUCAGUUUAAGAACCCCCUGAUCCUGCUACUGCUGGGCUCUGCCCUGGUGAGUGUCCUCACCAAGGAGUAUGAGGACGCCGUCAGCAUCGCCACGGCAGUGCUCAUUGUGGUCACUGUGGCCUUCAUCCAGGAGUACAGGUCGGAGAAAUCUCUGGAAGAGCUGACCAAGCUGGUUCCGCCAGAAUGUAACUGCCUAAGAGAAGGAAAACUCCAGCAUCUGCUUGCUCGAGAACUGGUUCCUGGAGAUGUCGUAUCUCUCUCGAUCGGAGACCGGAUCCCUGCAGACAUCCGACUCACUGAGGUCACGGACCUCUUGGUGGAUGAAUCCAGUUUCACUGGGGAAGCCGAGCCAUGCAGUAAAACAGACAGCCCCUUGACAGGCGGCGGGGACCUCACCACCCUCAGCAACAUCGUCUUCAUGGGGACCCUGGUGCAGUAUGGGAGGGGCCAGGGGGUCGUGAUUGGAACAGGGGAAAGCUCUCAGUUCGGAGAAGUGUUUAAGAUGAUGCAGGCUGAAGAGACACCUAAAACGCCUUUGCAGAAAAGCAUGGACAGGCUAGGAAAGCAACUGACACUCUUCUCCUUUGGCAUAAUCGGUCUCAUCAUGCUCAUUGGCUGGUUGCAAGGGAAACAGCUCCUGAAUAUGUUCACGAUUGGGGUCAGCCUGGCUGUGGCGGCCAUUCCAGAGGGUCUGCCCAUCGUCGUCAUGGUAACGCUGGUCCUGGGAGUGCUGCGGAUGGCCAAGAAGCGGGUCAUCGUGAAAAAGUUACCCAUCGUGGAGACUUUAGGUUGCUGCAGUGUUCUCUGUUCCGAUAAGACGGGUACUCUGACUGCCAACGAAAUGACAGUGACCCAGCUUGUAACGUCAGAUGGGCUUCAUGCCGAGGUCAGCGGAGUUGGGUAUGACGGUCAAGGGACUGUGUGUCUUCUACCAUCCAAGGAAGUCAUUAAGGAAUUUUCCAAUGUCUCAGUAGGAAAGUUAGUGGAGGCGGGCUGUGUCGCCAACAACGCGGUCAUCAGAAAGAACGCCGUGAUGGGACAGCCCACCGAGGGUGCCCUGAUGGCCCUGGCAAUGAAGAUGGACUUAAGUGAUAUUAAAAAUUCAUACAUAAGAAAAAAAGAGAUUCCAUUCAGUUCAGAGCAGAAGUGGAUGGCGGUGAAAUGCAGUCUGAAGACUGAGGAUCGGGAAGACAUUUACUUCAUGAAGGGGGCCUUGGAAGAGGUGAUCCGCUACUGCACCAUGUACAACAACGGAGGCAUCCCACUGCCGCUGACACCCCAGCAGAGGUCAUUCUGCCUGCAGGAAGAGAAGAGGAUGGGGUCCCUCGGUCUGCGAGUUCUGGCUCUGGCUUCUGGGCCCGAGCUGGGGCGGCUGACAUUUCUGGGUCUCGUGGGCAUCAUUGACCCCCCAAGAGUUGGCGUGAAGGAAGCAGUUCAGGUUCUCUCCGAGUCUGGCGUGUCCGUGAAGAUGAUAACGGGAGAUGCUCUGGAGACGGCCUUGGCCAUAGGAAGAAACAUCGGCCUGUGCAACGGGAAGCUGAAAGCCAUGUCUGGGGAGGAGGUGGAUAGCGUGGAGAAGGGCGAGCUGGCCGACCGCGUGGGGAAGGUGUCCGUGUUCUUCAGGACCAGCCCGAAGCACAAGCUCAAAAUCAUCAAGGCUCUGCAGGAGUCAGGGGCAAUCGUGGCCAUGACUGGGGAUGGGGUGAACGACGCAGUGGCCCUGAAGUCUGCAGACAUCGGGAUCGCCAUGGGGCAGACAGGGACGGACGUCAGUAAAGAGGCCGCCAACAUGAUCCUGGUGGACGAUGACUUCUCAGCCAUCAUGAAUGCGGUGGAGGAAGGCAAGGGGAUUUUUUACAACAUCAAAAACUUUGUCCGAUUCCAGCUGAGCACGAGCAUCUCCGCCCUCAGUCUUAUCACUCUGUCCACUGUGUUCAACCUGCCCAGCCCCCUCAACGCCAUGCAGAUCCUGUGGAUCAACAUCAUCAUGGAUGGGCCGCCGGCGCAGAGCUUGGGGGUAGAGCCCGUUGACAAAGACACCCUCAGGCAGCCACCGCGGAGUGUGGGGGACACCAUCCUCAGCAGAGCCCUCGUCCUGAAGAUCUUCAUGUCCGCAGUUGUCAUCAUCAGCGGGACCCUCUUUAUCUUCUGGAAGGAGAUGCCUGAAGACAGAGCGAGCACUCCCCGCACCACGACCAUGACCUUCACUUGCUUUGUGUUUUUCGAUCUCUUCAACGCCUUGACCUGCCGCUCUCAGACCAAGCUGAUAUUUGAGAUCGGCUUUCUCGGGAAUCGCAUGUUCCUCUACUCCAUCCUCGGGUCCAUCCUGGGGCAGCUGGCGGUCAUUUACAUCCCCCCGCUGCAGAGGGUCUUCCAGACGGAGAAUCUGGGAGUGCUCGAUCUGCUGUUUUUAACUGGACUGGCCUCAUCUGUCUUCAUGUUGUCAGAGCUCCUCAAACUAUACGAAAAACACUGUUGCAGCACCCAGAGAGUCCAGACGCACCAUGAAGAUGUGUAGUGGCCCUCACUCUGCGGCACCUUCCCUAACAUCUCGAUCUGGAUGUGCCUGUGGCCCCUGCGGUGUCUACUCUUCAGGGGAGACUUUUAGGACGGAUGCCGCAGCCUUCUGUCAGUGACUCAGGUUUUCCUCCUGGGAGCGCUGCAGGCAUCUCGUGGGCUCCAGGGACCCAGGUCCACAUCCAUCCAGCACUCCCACUGGCUCUGGGACAGACAGGGAGGGGCCUGUCCGGAAACAUCACACUAUUUAUUAAAUCACAAUGAUUUUUAUUAACCACGUCUAUAUAGGUAUCUGUGCCACAGCUUGCAGUAAGGCAGGCCACUCGUGCCAGAUACAUGGGGCUUCUGAGAGGUAGUGGGUAGGAUGGUCACUUGUCUGCCUGGAGGCCCCACCUCCUCAUCAUAAAAUGAGGGUUUUUUUAAAUAAAGUGCUAUGCCAGGGGCUAUUAUUCUUUUGACGUGUUUACCUAGGGUUUUUCAUACAAGGGGCCAGGUUGGAAACCCACAGCUGUGUGUUAAUGGCCACGUGGGGUGAGCAGCAAUCCAUCAUGAAUGGCCUAUGGGAAGGCUUUUGGAGAUAGAGUAGGGCUGGGCAUGGUGGCUUACACCUGUAAUCCCAGCACUUUGCAAGGCCAAGGCAGGCAGAUCACUUGAGGCCAGCCUGGCCAACACAGCAAAACCCUGUCUCUACUAAAAAAAAAAAAAAAGUAGCCAGGCCUGAUGAUGCGUACCUGUUAAUCCCAGCUACUCGGGAGGCUGAGGCACAAGCAUGGCUCGAGUCCUAGAGGCAGAGAUUGUACCAUUGUACUGCAGCAUGGGCAACAAAGCAAGAUUCUCUCUCAGAAAGUGGCCCUCCUCUCUGGAAUCAGGAACAGCAGUGUCUCCUGCUUCCUGCAGACGAGCUUGAUUUCCCACUGCCCCACAGACUUCCAAAAACGGAUCUGCUCUUCCACGUGGCAGAGGAGGUCACCAUGCUGUUCUUCUGCCUGAAGCCACGCUAGAACCACUAAAGAGAACCAGAAGGGGAACUCCGUCCCCAUCUCUCAGGAAAUGAGGCCAGAGAUAGAACCCCCCAGUUACUAGUCAGGCCUCACUAGAGAAACAGAACCAACAGGAUGGAGAGAGAUGCAGAGAUUUGUUUUAAGGAACUGGUUCAUAGGAUUUGUGGGGCUGGCAAGUCUAACAUCUUGAGGGCAGGCCAGCAUCCUGGAGACCCAGGGAAGAGCUGGGGACGCAGGCUGGAGGCAGAAUUUCCUCCUCCUCAAGUGAGUUCAGCCUUUUCCUCUUGUAGUCCUCAACUGAUUGGACGAGGCCCACUCACAUUACGAAGGAUAAUCUGUUUCACUUCAAAUCUGCGGACUUACAUGUUAGUCACGCAGUGCCAUCUAGACCAGUGUUUGACGAAAAUCAACUUGGCCUGGCCAAGUUGUCAGAUAAAAGUAACCAAUGCACCCAGCCACAGUAGCUAUGAAAAGGGCUACCAGGGGUGGUAACAGCUGGGUCGGACCAAGAUAAGGAAGGUCAGAGUGGACCCCCUGCCUGGGUUCCAGGCAGAGUCCAAAGUCCUCCAUGGUAGGAUUCAAAGCCUGGGAAGAAGCCCUUCUCCAACCCAACCUGUGACACCAGGGCCACAGGAGGAGAUGCAGAGACGGCCAUUCCUAGUGAGACGCAGACAUAGGGCUUGGCUGGGCUGGAGAAGAAACCUUUUGAGCAGUGGGGCUGUCUUCCCAGAAGCUGCCAACCCAUGGAACCACUAAGAGGUCAAGGCUGAAUUGUGCCACUUACACAGUCUGCUAAGGGGUGCUUCCCCCUGAGUCAGGGAUACUUUCUGCUCUACUUUUCAGGAUCCUUUGGCACGUUGCUGGCCCAAGAAACUUACUUCCCAUUCAAAAAUAAGUGAUCAAAAAACCAGGUUCGAUUGAUAUUCACAAUAACAACAAAAAUUACUCUUAACUCUUGCUUAUACCAUAUAAAACUUUAGGGAUAAAACUGUAAUAAGACACAAAAUGCUAACAAUAAAAUAUAAAUUAGACUA